AUGGCCACAACAGACGAGACCCAGCCGUUGCUACGCAGACCGAGCGCCGACGAAGAUGCCGACAAUAAACCAUCCUCCCCGGACGAUGUGGUCAUAGUAGACUUCGAUCCUGCCGGCGACGAGGAGAAUCCGCUGGACUGGCCGGCGGCGUACAAAUGGGGCAUUGUCGCGCUGCUGGCCUUCAUGGCGUUCACCGUGACCUUCACCUGCAUCUCCAUGGUGCCGGUGGCGAACCAAAUCGUGUUCGAGCUGAGCCAUGGCCACGCAAGCAAGUCGGCCAGCGUGCUGCUCGUCACCAUCUGGGAACUCGGCGAAUCUGCUGGCCCGCUCCUCAUCGCGCCCCUGUCUGAGAUGUUCGGGCGGUAUCCGGUCUUCAACGUGGCCAACGUCCUGUUCAUCGCCGCGACCAUGCUAGCCGCGCUGUGCCAGAGCACGCCGCUCUUCAUUGCCGCGCGGGCGCUGACCGGGCUUGCAGUGGCCUCGAACGUCCUUUGUCCCGCCAUUGUCGGCGACAUGUUCGUCUCCGACCAGCGCGGCUCGGCCAUGAGCAUAGUCAUGAUCGCCCCCCUGUUGGGCGGUGCGGUCGGCCCCGUCAUCUCGGGUGCGGUCUCCCAGAGUCUGGGAUGGCGCCAGGUCCUGUGGAUGAGCGUGAUCCUAGCCGGUAGCUGCGAGGUCGCCUUCCUCACCUGCUUCCGUGAAACGUACAAGGUGGCCAUCCUCAAGCGCCGCGCCGCCAGGUUGCGGCGGGAAACAGACAAUCCCCGGCUCCGCACCGUCUUCGCCGCGGACGUGACGGCCGAGACGCAACACAGGUUCUGGGACUCGAUCAUGAGACCGGCCGUCGUCUUCUACAGCUCGUCCGUCUUACAGAUCCUGUCGCUGUUCGGGUCCAUGGUCUUUGCCUACUUCUACAUCAUGUCCACCUCUCUCCCGGACAUCCUUGAGGACGUCUAUGGCUUAUCGCCGGCCAUGACGGGAUCGACCUUUGUCAGUUUCAGUGUUGGCUCCGGCGUUAGCGUCGUCAUCAUCAACCGCCUCCUGGACCGAAUCUACAUCCAGAUGCGCAAGCGAAACAAGGGGGUCGGCCUGCCCGAGUUCCGUCUGCCGCUGGUCAUCGUCGGCGGCUUCACUGUACCUUUCGUCGUCAUCCUCUACGGCUGGACCGCGCAAGCCCGGCUGCCGCUAUGGCUGCUGAUCAUCACACUAGGCUUACUCGGACUUACCGCGAUGCUGGGUAUGAUCCCGGUGUAUACCUACAUAGUCGACGCCUUCAAGCUUCACUCGGCCUCGGCCGUGACCGCGGUCAUCGUCACCAGAUGCCUGAUGGGCACUUUCCUCCCGCUGGCCACGCAGCCCUUGGUAGAUCGCUUCGGCUAUGGAUGGGGGUUCACCGUCUUUGCCGCCGCCAGCCUGGUCGCGGCUCCAAUUCCCGUCUUGAUCUUCAGGUACGGGUCGCGAUGGCGGCAAUAUUCCAAAUAUACAAGUCAAGAAUGA